AAGUUGCAGUUUGCAGAGAGCUUGGAUAGUGAGAUUCGUAACAAUAUUUUCUUUUUACGUUCUUUUUUCGAGAUCCAUUUUCAUGAGGAGUUGUUCUAUAAUAAAAAAUAUUACCUUCAAUAACAUGGACUAUAAAUCAAUGGCGAAAGUUAUAUAAACGAAAAUGCUUUUCAAAUGCAUCACAACGAGCGCGAAUUUCACCAUACAAAUAAUAUCUAUGAUUAUAACUGUUCAAACAAGUUAUUCUAGGGAAAUAAAAAUUUUAGAAAUCGUUCUGUUUCAUUUUCAUUUGUCUGCAACAUAUAGUCUCAAACAAGAACAAAAAAUAGUAACUACCAAUGAAAAAAAAUGAGAUAAUUUCAAAUUUAUAUACAUAUUUUUUUUUUUGGUCUUAGGCGACCCUUGCAAAAUCGUCAUUCGACCACCAAUGAGGGCCGCGAUGCACAUGUUGAGGACACCUGUUCUAGUAAUAUCCUUUUUGUUCACGUUUUAAAGGGCUAACACUUGAAAGCUCAUUCCCGCGAAUAUCUCCACUUUAUCACUUGAUUACACUUUAUUAUUACAAAUAAGAAAUGACCAUUGAAUAAGCGUUUCAAAAUCCUAGUGGACAUCUUUGUUCAACCAAGAAUUGGAAACAUUUAUGCACAGAUACAUUUAGACACAUAUGUGGACGCAUCUAAAAGUUAAUGUACAAUAAAAUGCAAGUGAUAACAUUUGUGAUAUUUUUCUGUAUAUUGACCCUGAUAUUUGCUCAAACAAGUCCCAAAGAAAAAUUAUCGAAAGAUUCUACACCAACAGCCCAGAUAUCAUCUACAAUAAAUGACAAAACUACAAGAAGUUGUAUCUCAUCAGAGUGGACCUGCGGUACUGGUGAAUGUAUUGAUAUCGGACAUCGUUGUGAUGGAACAAAGCAGUGUACAGACACAAGCGAUGAAUGGAAAUGCUAUUGUGAUGAUAAUCCAACCAACUUGUUGUUUGCAGUAGAUGAAGGAGAAACUGAAGACAUCAACAAUAUUAUAAAAGACUUUAUAAAACAUUUUCUCAAAGACCUCGCUGUUGAUGGUAAAAACGUGAUAGUUUGGUUUCUGAAGUAUAAAGACAAUGUCAUACUUUCUUUUAAUCGCACAGAAGGGAGCAAGGUUAAGACUUUGAAAGCUGUAGACGAACUGAAAUGGGAGCCCUCGCCCUACGCUGAGUUUAGAGAUAUCGUCAGCUACGUCAGCUCUAUUUCAACUACCCUCUAUUUUGGGGCUCAUCGUCAAAAAGCUCGGAAUAUUCUGCUUCUGAUAACACACUACUUAUCGCAACACAAUUAUUUAACUUUUGCUUCGGUGACCAAAAUCAUUAAAGAAAAAGGAAUGCACAUUAUAGCUGUCGGGGUUGAAUUACGAGAUAACCUUUACUUAAGAUAUGUGGCAAGUGAGCCUGUAGAGAACAACACGUUUGUUGUGAAUGCUUCUCAAGAUUUGAAUAAGAUCAUUCCUAGACUUAUGUCACAUUUAUGUAAAGAAAACUGCAAAUCUUCGGAGUGGACAUGUAAUGAUGGAUUAUGUAUCAAAGAAAACUACAGGUGUGAUGGAAAUUUAGACUGUAAUGACAAAAGUGAUGAGUUGAAUUGCAGUAGCUGCAAUGAAUAUUCCUGGAAAUGCAAUAAUAAUGAAUGUACUCUAGCUAAAAAGUUAUGUAACGGAUUUGAAGAUUGUGAUGACAAAAGUGAUGAAAAUAAUUGUAGUGCAGAAGUUAAAACGACUACAGGCUUUUUACUAACAACUUUGACAUCAACUAUCAGAUACAAUGAAAUAAAAAACAUUACCAGCCUAUCUUCUGUUGAAGAAAACAGAGUACUCAUUGCAAGUUUAGUCAUAACGAUAGCUUUUGCUGCAGUAAUCAUUCUGGUAUUUAUUUUGAAACGUAAAGACAAACUCUGGUGUACUUCAAGGCAUAUUGCUAGUUCCAACAAAAUAGAAGACCUUGAUUAUUUGGAUAUUGACCAUUAUGACUAUUUACACAUUGAUGAAGUCAAAAACCAACGGAAAGAAAUAAAAGCUGACGAACAUCGAUGUAUUUCAAGGAAUGUGAGAAGCUCAAUUAAUUCCAACAAUAAAGAAUGUAUGAAUUGUAGACUGGCAGGCCAUAAUUAUCCAGAUACUGACCAUUAUGACUAUCUGCAUUCUGAUGACAGAAACCAAAGAAAUGACUUGAUUUCAGGUAACAACCUUCACAAUUUGGAUGCUGCUAAUGACGAUCGAUGUUACAAUACUGAUUAUGUAAGCAAAGAAGAAGACAAACCAGUAUAUGGACGCUGUCUUCUUAAUUUAGAUGUUGAUAAUUAUGAUCAUUGUUACAAUGCUGAUUAUGUAAGCAAAGAAGAAGACAAACCAGUAUAUGAAUCCUUUAAGAAAAGCGAAUUUGAAGAAAUUUCUAGAGAACUUUGUGCUCUGCCUGUUGAAGUUGAUAAUACAAAGAACAAAGAUCUACCAGAUGAUAAAGAUAAUGAACUGAACUAUGAAAAAGAAACUAUGGUUACAUCAGAAAUUAACACAACCACUGCCACUGGUGUAGUCUGCAAUCAGCACACUACAAAUAUUGUUGACUAUGAUAACAGUCUUCACAAUUUGGAUGUUGAUAAUUAUGAUCAUUGUUACAAUGCUGAUUAUGUAAGCAAAGAGGAAGACAAACCAGUAUAUGAAUCCCUGACGAAAAGUGAAUUGGAAGAAAUUUCUGGAGAACCUUGUGCUCUGCUUGACGAUGUCGAUAUUUUAAAAAAGCCAAGCUCUACUUAAUGGUAAAGGCAAUGUGCUGAACUAUGUAAAACAAAGUAACUCAACCUAUAGUGUAGUCUGUGACCAGCAAACUAUUGUAAUGCAUUAUUAAAUACUAUUUGUAUUUUAUAUUCUCUAUCUUAAAAAAAAAUACUUCUUAUUAAAGAAUGGAAAGUAGAAAAUGCUCAAAGGGCCCUAAUAGCUCUAAUUUAUGUUGGUCUUGAAACUAAUGACAGGUAUUUUAAAUUCGGAAUUUUUAGAACUAAGUCCACCAAACAGAAAAAUUUACCUGAUUUUGCUUAAGAAAAGUAAAGGCGGUUGGUCGUUGUGCUAGCUAACCGUAAAUCGUUUGCCAUAGAAUCAGAUGACCUUUACAUUAUCUGCCCUAGAAAUUGCAAUGUCUGAAAGCGGUACCUUUUUAAAACAAAAAUAAGACUAUGUCCAGAUGGAUACAUAUAGAGCAACAUUAUGAAAUAAUAUAACAAGAUUUUAAAAACAAACUAUGAAUUAAAUAAAUAGUGUAGUUCUAAUGGGAUAGGGAAAUAGAUUAUAUACAAAAAAAUUACAGCAAAACUUUUUAAAAUCUAAUUCUUGGUUUCUUGGUGGUGAGGAUAUAAAUUCAUUUGCUAGGGCUGUUUAUAUUUUUUUUUCAAAGUUUUAUAAGAAUAUAAAAUUUUAGAAGUGACUCUCGAUCUUUUUUUUUUUUUUUGUAUAAAAAAGUAUAAAUCAGCUAAUUUACAAUGUAUUUCUACAGCAAAGAUAUGUAACUGCUGCUAUUUUAGUUGAAUAUAUUUCACUAUUGUGGUGUAGCGACCAUUUUGAUUUUUUUUGGUUCAUUUUAGGGCUAUGUUUUUUACCACUGCUUUCAAACGUCAAACAACCAUUAUAUAUCUCAUAAAGUUCUUCUUUUUCUAACUUAAGCUAUAUUCAAAAGAAAAAUCUCAUACCAUAUAAUAAAAAUUCAAGAUUUGUACAGUUCCUCUUCUCGGCUUGCAAAUUCUUCACGGGUCAAAAACAAAAGGUUGGAAACAAAAAACAUAAUAUAGUUCUUGAAAAUGGGUCUAAUCAUUUUCCUAUAAAUUUGACAGUUAAUGUACAUUCAUGGCGAAAGAAAUACUAGCGAAUAUGACACACUGGGCACAGUUAGGUUUGACAAUUAUAAUUUUUCAAGGUAUAAAAAUACAUUUAAAUUCUAUUAAGAGGUAUUUAUAAAAAUUAAAAAAAAAUAUUUUUCUUGUUUCAUGUCAUGUUGUUAACAAUGCAGGUAAAUAGAUUUAAGUUAUUUUUUUUUUCUUGUUUUAACAAAGCUACAUUAAAAUGUAUCUAAUUUUAAAAGUGUUUAUAAGGUAAUUCUUAAACUAAUUAAAAAAAUAUACGUAUUUUGCAAAUGAAACAAUGGAAUACAGCCUAUUUAAAGCCUAGUUCUUUGGAUUAUAAAAAGUAAUAAUCUAUACUGUUUUUGUUUUGCUAAAACUAAUUUUUUGAAAAAUCUUUAAACACUGAGCGAGAGCAAGUAAGUGUAAUACACAAAAAAGUUCAAAUUUAUUUUAUGUAUUAUUUUAGUGUUGAUUUACCUAACUAUUUUACUUUGUAAUUUAAAAAUGUAAAACUACAAAGAUAUUACCUUUUAUGCAAAGAAAUGCUACAUUUUUAAAUAAUUCAAUGUAUUAUGUAUAUUACAUUUUUAUUAGAAAAACACCCCUCUUAAGAAGAAAACGAUUUUUUUUCAGUAACAGAUGACCAAACAGUUCCAAAGAAAAACUUGUAAAAUCUCUUAGUCUUCGUUAGAGUGCAAAAAAAAAAAAUAAUUGUGCAACAUAUUUGCUGUUUUUAGACAUUUCCAGUUUUUGCUGCUUUAAGAUAUACAUUAAUUCCUGGUAAUUUUUUUUUAUUUGUAGGUAGGUUGUGUCGAAAUGAACAUAAGGUUUUAAAUGAUUUUAAAGUUUAAAAUCUUAAAUAAAAAACAAGAAAGUUAUGACUGAUUUUAGAGAUAAGAUGCUGUAAUUUUCUAAGUAAAAAUGCAUAAAGUCGACAAUUUUUCCCUCAUACAAUAUGCACUUAAAAUUGUUUUUUAAAUUGAGAAAUAGUUGACCUGAUGAAAACAAUUACAUUUCUUCAAGGAAAUGUUUGUAUAAUAUUUUAAAGAUUCGGACAACACAAACUCAUUCAUACCUUUUUAAAAAUGUGUUGUUUUUUUAUUUACAAUGUCUAUUUUCGCCAGUUAAAGAUGGCAUUGAUCCUGCUUUAAAACUGCAUUAUGAUUUUAAAGUCAUUAAAAGUAUUUAUUACUUCCCACAAUCCUGGAUCUAACUAACCAAAGAUAUACAUUUACAUGAUCCAGUAGCUAAUUAUGCACUUUAGCUAACAAUAAAAACAAAAUAAAUUAAUGAAUAAAGAAUCUCUAUCCCUACAUGUAUAAAAUAAUAAAACAGAUUAUCCUUUGAAAUAGUUGAUUGUUUUUUAAAGAAAGAAGCUGUACAUAAUUAUAUUCUCAUCUUUUUAAAUGCAAGUUACUCUAUAUUUAUAAGGACAUUUUUACCAUACCUCUAUUCAUGUCCAAUUGUCAUGAAACCAGCAGAAACCUGGAUCCAAGAACAUGAACAGCUGAUCUCAAAAAUGUCUCUAACGAUUUUCCUAAAUAAUUAACAGUUGAUAUAUAUUGCAGAGAAAACGUUUACUAGCUCGUCGGCCACACAGUGAAAAAUAUAAAUUUGUUCAAAGUAAAGAUAUAAAUAAAUGUAAAUUUGGCUGGAGACUAGUCAGCCGUAUUACCGUAAUUAUGUGAUAACAGUAACUUUAAAGCUGCUUCAAUUUUAUUGACGUUUAUACGCGUCGCUCACAUAUACGUAAAUCUAGUAUAGGUUACAUCUAGAUCUAGAAGUAGAUCUAGACUAGAUCUUAAGAAUUCUAAAUCAGAACUUAAGGUCUAGUAUUAGAUUUAGAUGUCCAUAUAAUGAUUAUACCAAUAAAUAAUCGCAAACGUAUACCUUCCUCGCUGGUUGAAUAAAAAAAUGCAAAUGUUCUAGCAGCUUAAAGUUUUAUUGGUUUGAUUACCGAAUUGAUCCAAAUUAUUUUUUAUUUUUUUAAUUAUUUUAUUAUAUUUAAAGUUUAAUAAUGACGAGAUUGUCUUUUAAACACAUUUUUCCUUGUUAUUUAGUUUCACAUUUGUAAAUGUUGGUAACUUUCUAGUCUUAAAGGGACUAUAGUAGCCUACAUAACUACAUCUGUCAGACCAGUUUUUAUAUUUUUCUUGUUUUUUUUUUCUUUGCUCAUUUUUUUUUCAUCAGCUGAUUUUUUUCGCUGCCUUUGCUAAUAUGUGCACAGUUUUCCUUGACAUUCCUUUCUCACUACAUAGUGCAAUCCCAGGCUAUAUCUAUCAGAUAAUUUUGAUCUAAGUCCACUACUUUAAGAUCACUUCUUGUUUCAUUCCUUCGCCUAACGUAGAUGUGAGAUGACUUUUACGUUUGCCAGAUGAUAGCUGUAGGAACAGGUCUAUCCUCCAAAAUUUAGACAUAUGAGUACAAAGGCAAACGACGUUGUCUAAGGAUAGUGAAUAUGUUCUGAAAACCCCUGUGAUUCAGUAACUUCACAUUGUUUUUCUAAAUAUUCCUUUACGACUACUUUUACUUUUACUUUUAGUUAUUUUCAUACUUAUCUAUUCAUUUACUUUCACAUUACAUUAACUAUCAUUUUUGUUGUUUAAUAAUUACAUUUUGUUUCCACUUUUUUUUACAUGUGCUUUCCCGCUGUGCCAAGAAUGCAUUUUCAUAUUAGGCUGCACUAUCCAUAUUUUGUGAGUUCAUCCUAAGAAAAUGAUAAUGAUUAAUAUCAAAUGUAUAUUUUGUAAAAUGAUAAAGAAAUAACUACUUUUUGAUAUAAAAAGUAUAAUUAUAUUGAAUGAUUUGUAGACCCAAUCUGUUUUUCAAUCUUUAAAACAUUUGACACUUGAUAGUGUCAAAAAAUUUAAUCCCACAUUGAAAUCUGACACUCUGCCAACAAAGUAUGCUUUAGCUGUACAUGCGUGUUUUGACUCACAAUUCGCGCGUUUUUUUAAAUCAAAUACUCUUUGCUGUGUUUAGUAGUUAUACAUUCUAGACUGUCUUUUUAUGACUAUAAGAAAGUUUAUAUGCCGUUUUGUUAGAAUCGAAGUUUGUGCUACUUUUUAUGGCAAGUUAAGUCGUAAAACGUAAACAUAAACAUGAUCUAUUUCUGAAAGAAAAGAAAUUAUUUAGAGGUUUGACCGUGGCUGAUUUGUUUGAAGUGCAGCUAGUCAGGUAGUCUAACGUUUUCGUUAAUCCGACACAACUCCGGUCCCGAAACUGACUAUCAAUAGUCAACUGUAUUAAAUAAUUUACAGCUACAUACCAUUCCCGGUACUUAUUGUAUUCUUUUGUUUUCUUUUUUUUUUUAUAUUCUCUAUAAUGAAUAAAAAUAUCGCAUUUAAAAGGAUUUCUCUAUGCAAUGAAUACAAAUAUUUUAUUUUCAAAAUACGUUUCUUUAUGUAAUGAAUACAUCAUAUUUUUUUUUAAAUAAUUCUCAAUGUAAUGAAUAUAAAAUAUUUUAUUUUCAAAAAAUAAUUCUUUAUGUAAUGAAUACUAAAUAACUUAUUUAAAAAAAUUUCUCUAUGUAAUAGAAACAUAAUAUUUUAUUGAAAAAAAUAUUUAUUGAUGUAAUAAAUACAAAAUAUUUUAUUUUUAAAAAAUGUGUCUCUAUGUAAUGAAUACAAAAUAUUUUAUUAUAGCUUAUUAUGUACUUUUUGUGCAUUUUAUUAUUUGUAUAUCCUUUUUU